CUGGGGUGCGACCCCAGGCAGCGGAAAGCGACCGACAGAACCCCCAGGAUGGGGGUGCGGGCGCGGCCAUGCUAGUGGAAACAUAACCUACCCUCCCCAACUCCAAGCCUUUCUUUGGGAAGGGGGGGGGCAGGCAAAGCCCAGAGCACUGUCCUCCCACCCCAGUGUCCUUCAGUACUCAGAGACCCGCUGGAGAGGACUGGGCGCUCUAGAGACGGAUGGGGAGAAAGGAAGGGGUGCCCGAGCCCUGAGCGCCGGGCGCUCACCCGACGCGCUUCCUUUGGCUUCCAGGUGUAGCGCCCCCGCGCGGCGCGGGCGGCCGGGCGUCUCCAGCAUGACCGGCCAGAGCCUGUGGGACGUGUCGGAGGCCAACGUCGAGGAUGGAGAGAUCCGCAUCAACGUGGGCGGCUUCAAGAAGCGGUUGCGCUCGCACACGCUGCUGCGCUUCCCCGAGACGCGCCUGGGCCGCCUGCUGCUGUGCCACUCGCGCGAGGCCAUCCUGGAGCUCUGCGACGACUACGACGAUGCCCAGCGCGAGUUCUACUUCGACCGCAACCCGGAGCUCUUCCCCUACGUGCUGCACUUCUACCACACCGGCAAGCUGCACGUCAUGGCGGAGCUCUGCGUCUUCUCCUUCAGCCAGGAGAUUGAGUACUGGGGCAUCAACGAGUUCUUCAUCGACUCCUGUUGCAGCUACAGCUACCACGGCCGCAAAGUGGAGCCCGAGCAGGAGAAAUGGGACGAGCAGAGCGACCAGGAGAGCACCACGUCCUCCUUCGACGAGAUCCUGGCCUUCUACAACGACGCCUCCAAGUUCGACGGGCAGCCUCUGGGCAACUUCCGCAGACAGCUGUGGCUGGCGCUGGACAACCCCGGCUACUCGGUCCUGAGCAGGGUCUUCAGCGUCCUGUCCAUCCUCGUGGUGCUGGGGUCCAUCAUCACCAUGUGUCUCAAUAGCCUGCCAGACUUCCAGAUCCCUGACCGCCAGGGCAACCCCGGCGAGGACCCCAGGUUCGAAAUCGUGGAGCACUUCGGCAUCGCCUGGUUCACCCUUGAGCUGGUAGCCAGGUUUGCUGUGGCCCCCGACUUCCUCAAGUUCUUCAAGAAUGCCCUAAACCUGAUCGACCUCAUGUCCAUCGUCCCCUUCUACAUCACGCUGGUGGUGAACCUGGUUGUGGAGAGCACGCCUACCUUGGCCAACUUGGGCAGGGUGGCCCAGGUCCUAAGGCUGAUGCGGAUUUUCCGCAUCUUAAAGCUGGCCAGACACUCCACUGGCCUCCGCUCCCUGGGGGCCACCCUGAAGUACAGCUACAAGGAGGUGGGGCUGCUUAUGCUCUACCUCUCGGUGGGGAUUUCCAUCUUCUCCGUAGUGGCCUAUACCAUCGAAAAGGAGGAGAACGAGGGCCUGGCCACCAUCCCCGCCUGCUGGUGGUGGGCCACCGUCAGUAUGACCACCGUAGGGUACGGGGAUGUGGUCCCGGGGACCACGGCAGGGAAGCUGACCGCCUCUGCCUGCAUCCUGGCAGGUAUCCUGGUGGUGGUACUGCCCAUCACCUUGAUCUUCAAUAAAUUCUCCCACUUUUAUCGGCGCCAGAAGCAACUUGAGAGCGCCAUGCGCAGCUGUGACUUCGGAGAUGGAAUGAAGGAGGUCCCUUCUGUCAAUUUAAGGGACUAUUAUGCCCAUAAAGUUAAAUCCCUCAUGGCGAGCCUGACGAACAUGAGCAGGAGCUCGCCAAGCGAACUAAGUUUAAAUGAUUCCCUACAUUAGCUGGGAGGGCUUGACAUCCUCAAACACACAUUGCUGAGCUGUCUCUUGUGCCUCUGGCACAGUCCAGGUACCCUAGGGUUAUGGCGUGAGGAGUAUGCCCAGCCCCAGAGGGGAGAGAAUGCAUGGGAUCUGCACCUCAGGCUGCUUUUCCAGUAUUUAGGGUCAUUUUUCGAGGCUGGUGUGUCUGACGCCAUGCCUUCACACCUUUCAGUGAAAUGACACUCACUGGUCUUCGCAUCGUGGGCAUAAAAUGUUCACCUUUCUGCCGGAUGAGUACCACCUCGGAUGCUAAUCUCUCUGUUCAUUGUGCUCUCUUGUCUAGUGCUCAUGGCCCAGGACUGUCUCUGAUUGUGCUCCUGUUUCUGAGGUUGUCACGUGAGUUCCGUACAAAAAGCCCCCACAAAUAACGUCCCGUGGAAGCACACCUGUGGGGCCUGCAAGGAUAGGAUGAGGUUUUGCUCACAGUCAGGUGAAAACAAAAUCUCAAUUCUUUAUCCAUUGCUUUCAUUUAGUUUUAAUAUCAAGCAAAGAGAAUGUGAAGUUAAGUAGACAUGACUGAUUCAAGUCUGUGAGUUGUUUUUGUCAAUGACCUGUAGCCUUGUGACUUGCAUGGGUACCCUGCUCCCCUUUCAAAUGAUGUACACCCAUGUUCACCUCUUAAAUGUUGCUCUUUAGAGAAUGUUAUUUUGUUAAACAUGUAGUGAAGAUUGAAAAUUUCCCCAAGAAUAGAUGCAUUAGGGCUAGGGACUUCAGCUAAACAUAGGCCAAAUCGCAUGAUGCUUGAAGAUCUUUCAGAAUCAGGCCUCCUUCUUUCCUGGGUGGCUGCAGGGACAUUUAUUUCUUGCUGAGGUUGCUGGUCUAGGUCAUUUGACCAAACUUUGCUGUGUCUUAGCUAUUAGCAUGUUUCUGAUAUGUUUCUUUUUUAAGGUGUUUAGAAAUAAGAUCGUGUUGUCUUUCUCAACUAACAAGUUCACUGUUGUACUGUCUUUCUGAGGCAAACAUUGUUGGGCUGCUAGCAAGGGCAGUAGCUUAGAAAAUUUUGUUACCUACUCUGAAAGCUUAGAUAAAGCUUUUAUUUCCAAGCAGAGUUUACUUAGAUAAUUUUGCUUCUAGGGUACAGUAUAUAACACACAAUGCUCUAACCGCCCCAGAGUUCCUGGUAUGACACGGACACCUGGUGGUAUGGAAGUGUGUACUCAAAAUAGAGACAAGUGGCUUAUCCAGGAUGGAAAUAUUACAGUUCUUAUUUCCAUUUCAUCUGCCUUCUGUUGGGGGGAAGGUUGGUGGAGGCCAGGAGAAAGGAAAGAGUUGUGAAACAAAAAAGCAUUGUUAAUAAAAUGUCAUAAAUAAUUGCAAACUUCUUGAAAAGCUUGAUGCUAUUUUAAAGGCCUUUAAACUUUCAAACUCGGGUUGAAGGUUAGGAACUCUUUCCUUUUCCAAAAUGCUUUCCCUCCUUCUUCUUCAGUUAACCAGCAUGUAGCAUUUUGAAGGGUUAACUUGGAUAGUUCUCUGUUAUAUUCUAGGUAAUCAGAUGGUGUUCCAGUUGGCCUCCGUUGUUGUUCUUCUUUGGAAAGGCUACAGAAUCCAGCGGUCCACACGUGAAGUCAGGCAGGCUUUUUCUCAAGGGCUUGGAUCUUCCUUAAAAAGGUCCAUUUGUGUCUUAGUUGGUUGAAGGUAGUACAUACCCCUCAGAUAGAGUGAGGAUCUUGUCAGAGGCUUUGUGUCCUUGUAGUUGCCAUGGCUACUGCAGAGGGGGCCAUUUGUUGGAUGAAUGCACUAGUCACUUACACCUUUGGGUCCCCAGUUCAAAUCUUUCCAUCAGACUGGAGCCUCGUAGGGAGCGCGGAGGCAGCCACCUCCUAGUGCUACCUGAUCGACCAUCUACUCUGUUUUUCAGGAAUAUCAGGAAAAGUGAGAUGCCUUAGGGGUAAAGAGCCGUCAAGUGAGAAGAACAGGGUUAUUUCUCAGAUUUGCACACGUAGCACUUGGCUUUGGCUGAUGUUUGCGGCACUGGAAGGCAGAGAAUUUGUGAAAUCAUCUCCAGCUGCACUGAGGCAGGUGAUGGUAAAACUCGUGAAGACUGUUCAGUUUGCCAAGGCUGAUGGCAUUGGGUCACUGAGCAUGGUAUCCACCACAGUCACUGAGAUAAAACUUGUGAAAAGAGGAAGCAAGGCAGGAGGCUGAAUAGCUCAGUCACUCUCCUCAGUAUUCUUUUGAAACAGGAAGGUUUUUACCACUGAAACAGAGAUGCUUCUAGUGGUUACUCUUUGCUGAUGUGAAAGCUGGAAAACUUGACUUUUCAUUUCGGUGAUGACUUGCAUUAUCUGGUGCCUUUCAUUGGGGGAAUCCCAAAGUGCUUUAGAGACUGUCUUUUUAAUAUCUUUUGUACAUAUAUAUAUAUAUACAUAUAUACUCUUAUAAAAUAUUAUUUUGCCCAUCCUGGAAUUUCAGUCACUUCCGAGCAUGAGAAUAGCCUAAUAACACUGAGGACUCCAAGCAGUGGUUUCAGAUAAGAGGGUGAGAGACCAACCCAGCUGGCUUGAACACUGGAGCUAAUUCCCACAGAGAAUGGAGAUGGAACUCUGAUCCAGGGAGAAAGAGCCCUUCCUUUCUCACAAAGUAGCACUGAGGUACCUGGUACGUAGUUCAUGAGAGCUCUCGGCGGGGCUUUGAUUAACCUGGUCAGAUAACAUUUGAUGGGGCAGUUUCUUCGGGUCCCUGAAGCUAUUCGGUGCAGGAAAGGGGAUGGGGGUCAGGUGAAUUUUCUGUUCUGUUUCUGGAGUUGAGAAUAUGAUUAUGAGCUGACAGCUUUGGCCACCAGGCUGCCAGACUGACCCAUCCACCCCCUUUGGAGGACACAGUCGGAGCUUCAGAGCACCUGUGUCCAGCCGUGGGCUUGAGAACAGCUUCACAGCCAACACUUGAAGGUUAUUCUUUUCAACGCCAUCGGGACAAAGAUAUAGGUCAUGCUUUUCUUGAAAUGUAUGUGAUGAGCAUUUUGAAAGCGCUGGCUGGGAAGUGACACUGUGUCUUUACUGCAUAGAUGCAUGUUGGUUAUUGUCCAGUGUCUUCUGUCAACCCCCUACAUUUCCUGGCUUUGUUACCAAGGAGGGGCAUGUUGUAAUGCCGAGCUGUUGUGUAGCUCCUAAGGUAGUAAUUGGCAUUUACCGCUUGGAUUUGUUAUUUCUACUCGUCUUAGUGUUCAAAUAAUAGAACUACCUGCUAAUUCUUGCCUCACUUCGAAGAAAAUGGUAUGUUAUGCACUUUGGGAUAGCCAUGAUCUGUACAGGCUGUGUGUUAUCUACUUGAAGGCUUAACUAGUAUUUCUUGUAUGUUUUAACAGCAUGACUUGUUACAGAGUUGUAAUUUUAAAAAAUCAAGAACGCUGUA